AUGUACGAUUCCUUUCCGAGAUAUCAAAACUCAAUCGCAUAUCACUGCCUGACACCGUUCGACUCUUUCGUGGAGAAACGAGAAGUGACCCACGCCCCAACAAAGACCUCUACGAGCUCAGACCGGUUCUGCAUCACGACAUGA